GCGUCGAUUGAUUGAUUAAAAAAAAAGUGAUACCUGGAAUUGAGAACAGCAAGUAACAGCAAAGAUUAAGCAUUUGAUUGAUAUUAAAAAGUCAAAAUAACAUUUUGGGAUUGUCUUCUGAGCCUCUUUUGUUUCCCUUCCAUCAAUUAGAGCUCUCUGUUUCUGGAUCUGUGCUUCACUCUUUCUCGUUUUUCUCUGGUUUUGACUUUUUUUUUCAGAUCGAAGCCAAUCAAGUUGCGAUUUUGACUUGUGGGUUGUGUUUCUCAUCAUCCCAGGUUCCUAAAUCACUGAGCUUUUUCGGUUUCCAUCUGAUUAGGGAUUUGAUGCAUAUCUCACUUUGGAAGCCAAUCUACCACUGCGCCGCUGCUGCUCUAGCUCUCGACAAGAAGAGCAGCAGAGAUGUCUCCGAGUCCACCAAAGCCCGAAAGCUCCACGAAUCCAAGCUCAGGGAAGCUCUCGAAUCCGCGUCAGAAGACGGCUUACUCGUCAAAUCUCAAGCCAUCGAAGAGGAGCAAGACGACGACAACGAGCCUCAAGAUCAAACCCUUGGACGGUCCAGAUCCCUCGCUAGGCUCAACGCUCAACGCGACUUCUUGCGCGCCACUUCCAUCGCAGCUCAACGAGCAUUCGAAUCAUCAGAGGCUUUGCCUGAGCUAGAAGAAGCGUUGAACACGUUUCUAACAAUGUAUCCAAAGUAUCAGUCUUCGGAGAAAGUGGAUCAGUUGAGAAACGAUGAGUACUUCCACUUAUCGUUACCAAAGGUAUGUCUUGACUACUGCGGAUUCGGGCUCUUCUCGUAUCUUCAGACGGUUCAUUACUGGGACACUUGCACUUUUAGUUUGUCGGAGAUUAGUGCGAAUUUGAGCAACUAUGCUUUACACGGCGGCGGUGAGAGAGGGUCCAUUGAGCAUGAUAUAAAGGUUAGGAUCAUGGACUACUUGAACAUCCCUGAGAAUGAGUAUGGUCUUGUCUUCACCGUUAGUAGAGGCUCUGCUUUCAAGCUGCUUGCUGAGUCUUACCCCUUUCAGACCAACAAGAAGCUUCUGACUAUGUUCGAUCACGAGAGCCAGUCGGUUAGUUUGAUGGGUCAGUGUGCUAAGGAGAAAGGCGCUAAAGUCGGUAGCGCGUGGUUCAAAUGGCCUACGCUUAGGCUGUGUUCGAUGGAUCUCAAGAAGGAGAUUUUGAGUAAGAAGAAGAGGAAGAAGGAUUCAGCUACCGGUUUGUUUGUGUUUCCGGUUCAGUCGAGGGUCACAGGGUCCAAGUAUUCUUACCAGUGGAUGGCGCUGGCUCAGCAGAACAACUGGCAUGUCUUGCUUGACGCUGGUGCUUUGGGUCCUAAAGACAUGGACUCUCUUGGCUUGUCUUUGUUCCGCCCUGAUUUUAUCAUCACUUCGUUUUACCGUGUGUUUGGGUUUGAUCCGACUGGGUUUGGUUGUCUGUUGAUUAAGAAGUCUGUGAUUAGCUGCUUGCAGAGUCAGUCUGGGAAGACCGGUUCAGGUAUUGUGAAGAUAACACCUGAGUAUCCUCUCUAUCUGAAUGACUCCAUGGAUGGCUUCGCCGGGUUUGAAGAUAAUGAUAUCGCCGUUAACGGGGAUAAUAAAGGCUUGGGUACUCAUCAACUACCAGCGUUCUCUGGUGCUUAUACUUCUGCUCAAGUGCAGGAUGUGUUUGAGACAGAUAUGGACCAUCAAGAGAUUGGUUCGGAUAAAGAUGGAACAAGCAACACUGUGUUUGAGGAAGCUGAGAGUGUCUCAGUGGGUGAAUUGAUAAAGAGUCCGGUUUUCAGCGAAGAUGAGUCAACGGAUAGCCAGCUCUGGAUUGAUUUGGGUAAAAGUCCGGCUGAUUCUGAUAACAAGCAGAAGAGUCCAUUGCUUGUGGUUCCUCAAAACCACAAACGAAGGAUCUCUGCGCCUAAACCAGAUUCAAAGGGCAGUAACGGUGGGAGCAAUGUUCUCUCGUUUGAUGCUGCUGUUUUGUCAGUAUCACAUGAAGUGGGUCAAGCAUCAGCCACGGGGGAAGAAAGAACUGAGAUAGACACAAGUCCUCGGUUGAGAGUUACUGAGAUAGAAGAAGAAGAAGAUGGAGGGAGCAGUAAGCUAAAAUCUGAAGCAAAUGGAAAUGGUUCAACCUCUGGAAUCAAAGAGAGUGCAAUAAGAAGAGAAACCGAAGGUGAAUUUAGAUUGUUGGGAAGAAGGGAGAAGAGUCAGUACAGUGGUGGUGGGAGACUUCUUGUGAAUGAAGGUGAACAUCCCAGUAAACGAAGAGUAUCGUUCAGAUCAUUAGAUCAUGGUGGAGAAGCAUCGGUGAUCAGUCUUGGGGAUGAAGAAGAUGGAGCAGAAUGGGAUGAUGAUGAGCAGAGAGAACCAGAGAUUGUUUGCCGCCAUAUUGAUCAUGUGAACAUGUUAGGUCUCAACAAAACCACCUCGAGGCUCAGGUACCUCAUUAACUGGCUUGUGACCUCUCUGCUCCAACUAAGGCUGCCUAGCUCAGAUGCAACAGGUGGAGAGCACAAGAAUCUUGUCCAAAUCUAUGGUCCAAAGAUCAAAUACGAGCGUGGAUCUUCGGUGGCGUUUAAUGUUAGAGACUUGAAAAAUGGAAUGGUGCAUCCUGAGAUAGUGCAGAAACUAGCUGAAAGAGAAGGGGUAUCUCUAGGCAUUGGUUUCCUCAGUCACAUCAAGAUCAUUGACAGUAGUAAUCGAAGGGAAGAUUCAAGUUCUUGGAAACAGGUGGAUCCACAUGGAAAAAGCAACGAGUUCAUAAGAGUUGAGGUUGUCACAGCUUCCCUUGGGUUCUUAACAAACUUUGAAGAUGUUUACAGAUUAUGGAACUUCGUGGCAAAGUUCUUGAGUCCAGGUUUUGCUAAACAGGGGACACUCCCAACAGUUAUUGAAGAAGAAGGUGAUUCUUCAGACACUUAAAAAGAACACGCGAGGAAAUUGAUACUUUCUUUUUACACUUCCUUUAUUUGUACUUGAACAGUCUCUCAUGUAGUGUGUUGUUAAUGUUCAUUCAUUCUCUGUCGUUGUGUUGUACAAUUCAUUGAUUCUUGGAAGUUUUAGAACCAGAA